AUGUCAAAUGAAACUGGUAGUAGUGGGGAGAGAGUCCUAGUUGAUGAAGCUAUGUAUAGGGACGCCGUGGCUGCACAAUUUGAGAGAUUGACCUUGGCCAUGAAUACGUUGAGGGAUGACAUGAAUAGGAUUUUGGAGGAGAUGAGAAGGGAUAGGGAAGAGAGAGCAAGGGGUAGAGAUGAUGCUAGGGACAGAAGGCAAGAAGUGAGAAAUAUAGGGGAACCAAGGGUGGAGAACCUUGAGGGUGAAGUGCAUGUUGAGGAAGAGGGUUAUAGACCACCUAGGGCCAGGGGAGCUAGAGGUAGAAGAGGAGGUAGGUUGCCUAGAUUUGGGGAGUAUGGAUAUGGAGCCCUAGAAGAGAGGGUAGACACUAAUGUGGGUAGUAUUAAGAUGAAAAUUCCUCCCUUUCAUGGGAAGGAGAAUCCGGAUGCUUACAUGGAAUGGAAAAGACAAGUUGAGCUAAUUUUUGAGUGUCAUAACUAUAGUGAGGAAAAGAAGGUGAAGCUUGCAGCUGUAGAGUUUAAGGAGUAUGCUAUAGUGUGGUGGGACCAAUUGAUGGUUAGGAGAAGGACUUUAGGUCUUAGACCCAUUGCUUCUUGGGAGGCUAUGAAAGAAGCAAUGAGGGAGAGAUUUGUUCCCCAACACUACUUUAGGGAACUCCACCAAAGGUUGCAAAGGAUGACACAAGGAGGGAAGAGUGUAAAGGAGUACUAUAAGGCAAUGGAGAUAGCCUUAGCAAGGGCACAAUUAGAUGAACCUCCAGAGGCUACUAUGGCACGUUUCCUAGCUGGUCUUAACAUAGAGAUUGCACAUGUUGUUGAGUUGCACUCUUAUACUAAUUUGAUUGAGUUGGUGCACAUAGCCAUUAAAGUAGAAAAACAAUUGAAGAUGAAGAGAGCUUUGAAGUAUGGUAGUGGUGUCCAUUCAGCUCCAAAGGCCCCUUGGAAACCAAAUGUAGAUAAGACUUCUAAGGGUGAGAAAGAAAUUCCUAAGUUUAGGAAAGAAGAGUGGAAGGGGAAAGAAAAGGUAGAAAGUAAAGAUAAGGAGAAGGGGGGUACUGCCACUACUAGGACUAGAGAUGUGAAAUGUUUCAAGUGUUUGGGAUAUGGGCAUUAUGCUUCCCAAUGUUCUAACAAGAGAGUCAUGGUGAUUAGGGAAGAUGGGGAGGUAGAGAGUGAGGAAGAAAAUGAAUCCGAACCAUUGAUGUUAGUUGAGGGGAAUGAAAAUGAAGAGGAUGUGCACGUUGAAGAGCCAUCCGAUGGGUAUGACUUUGCAUUGGUUACCAUGAGGACCUUGAGUGCUCAACCUAUUGUGGAUAGUGAUGAGUUGCAAAGGGAAAACAUCUUUCAUACUAGGUGUGUGGUGAAGGAGAAAUUGUGUAGCAUGAUUAUAGAUGGGGGUAGUUGUUGCAAUGUGGCUAGUUCCUUACUUGUGGAGAAAUUAGGAUUGCCUACCCUUAAGCAUCCUAAACCUUAUGGGUUACAAUGGCUAAAUGAUUGCAACAAAGUGAAGGAAUACCAAGAUGUGUUUCCGGAUGAGAUACCUUCGGAUUUACCACCUAUUAGGGACCAGCCGAUAGGAGUAGUCCAAAUUGAGACUAAGGAGCUUCAAAGACAGGUAGAUGAGCUUUUGGCUAAGGGACAUGUCCGUGAGAGCAUGAGUCCUUGUGCGGUUCCUGUUUUACUUGUGCCAAAGAAGGAUGGAACAUAUAGGAUGUGCGUGGAUUGUAGAGCCGUGAAUAAAAUCACUGUAAAGUAUCGCCACCCUAUUCCUAGAUUGGAUGAUUUGUUGGAUGAAUUGCAUGGUUCUUGUUUUUUUAGUAAGAUUGAUUUGAAGAGCGGUUACCAUCAAAUUAGAAUGAGAGUUGGUGAUGAAUGGAAAACCACCUUCAAAAUAAAACAUGGAUUAUAUAAGUGGCUAGUGAUGCCUUUUGGUCUCACUAAUGCCCCUAGUACUUUUAUGAGGCUUAUGAACAAUGUUUUGAGAGCUUUUAUUGGAAAGUUUGUUAUUGUUUACUUUGAUGAUAUUCUUGUCUAUAGCAAAAACAUUGAUGAUCAUUUGCAUCAUUUGAAACUUGUGUUUGAUGUGUUGAGAAAAGAAAAAUUAUAUGCAAAUGUGAAAAAGUGUUCUUUUUGCUUAGAAAGAAUUGUGUUUUUGGGAUUUGUUGUGAGUAGCAAAGGUGUUGAAGUAGAUGAUGAAAAGGUUAAGGCAAUUAGAGAAUAG